AUGGGGAGACGUGGGGUCGGGGUGAGGGGCUGGGACCCCCUGGUGGGGGCUGAGGACCCCCAGGGCUGAGGUUAUGGGGCCUGAACCCCCGGUGGGGGGUGGGACCGUCUCAGUGUGGGGCUGGGGUCACGAAGGGAUUGGGGUGCGGGGCUGGGACUCGUGGGGGCUGGAGCCCUCUUAGUCUGGAGUUGGGACCCCCCAAUGUGGGACUGGGGUCUCCUGGGCUGGGAGUGCGUGGCUGAGGGAUUCCCCAGGUGUGGGGGAGGGAUCGCUCCAUUAUGGGCUGAGACCCCACAGUGUGCGGCUGGGAGGCCAAGGAGUGGGAAUGGAACCCCUAGGGUCGGGGUUUGGGGCUGACACCCCCCGCCUGGGAGCUGGGAGGCCUAGGAAUGUAGAUGGGACUCCCUCGGGAUCGGGAUGCAGGGCUGGGACCCCUCAGUGUGGGGCUGGGGAUUGGGGUGAAGGGCUGGGGCCCCUAGCUACGGGAAUGGAGUCCCCUUGCAUGGGGCUGGGACCCCCUGAGGAUCAAGAUGUGGGGCUGGGGGUCCCCUGGGAUCGGAGUGUGGGUGUGGGGCUGCAACCUCCCAGCGGGGUUGCACCCCCUCAGUGUUGGGCUGGGGUUCCCUGAUGGGGGCUGGGAACCACCAUUGUGGCACUGGGGACUCACACGGAUCAGGAUGACGGGCUGGGACUUCCCCUUGUGGCACUGAGGACACCCGGGCUGGGGGUGCUGGGCUGUGGGUUCCCCUGGCGGGGGUCGCCGGUGUCAUCCCCGCCUACUGGCGCCGGCGGAGCCAUCCCUGUCCCCAACCCGGUGGCACCGAGCCCGGCGGUGCCUGGCACUGGCCGUGUCACCCGCGCGCUGGCCGGUGCCACCAGGCCCCCGCGGGGCGUUGGGGACACGGGGGGGCGGGUAGGGGCACGAGUGGGGAACCCCGAUGGAGUCGGUGGUGACUACCCCAGCUCCCGCAGGUGGCCCCGGUGCCCCGAGGCGAUGGCCGAGGACCGAGAUGUUCGAUUUGUCACCGAGGAGAGCUUCGACUUUGGCGUGCUGUCCCCAUCUGACAGCCAGGAGGAAGAGGAGGAUGAGGAUAGCCCGGGCGGGGGGUGCCAGCACGGGGGCAGCAACGCGCGCUGGAGUCCCCUGAGCGGGGCCCGUCUGGAAGAGAUGGUGCGGGAGGCCACGCGCCUGGCGGCACAGUUGGAGGGGUGUCGCCUGCCCCCUCCCGCUCCCGGAGACCCCUCGGGACCCACCACCACACCCCGCAGCCCCCGCCGCCAGACCUUCGUGGUGAAGGACAGCCCGGUGCGGGCGCUCCUGCCCACCGUGGAGUCUCGGGGACCUGCCACCAUCCCCCGCAUCCCCGCCAAGCCCCGGGGGGCCUCUGCUGCCACCAGUGUCCCCAAGGCACACCCCAGCCGUAAUUCCACAGCAGCAGCAAAGGGACCCUCGGGUGGCAGGGGGCUCCCCCCAAGUCGUGUGGGCCCCCCCCGGCCAUGCCCUCCCCAGGGGCAGGGGGCUGGUGCCCGGGGCAGGUCAGAGCCCCCCCAGGCAGGGACAGCAGGUAGUCAUGGCAAGGGGCUGGGGACACCAUGGCCACGCGGGUUCCUGGGCCGUACCCCAACCCCCCCUCUCUCCCCAGGCCAGGCUAAGGUGAGGGGGGGCACAGUCUCCCCCCCCCCCCCCACCCGCCAGCCCCAUACCAGGACCACCACCACCCUUGUCCCUUCUGGCUGUUCCCCGGCACCCACUGCCCUCCCCAGGGUGUCCCCUCGGACUCCAGCAACAGGUGGGAGGACCCCCACCCCCAGAGGUGCAGGGGCAGCACGGGCAGCCCCCCCAACUGGUGCCUCAGGGUGCAAACCAGGACCCCCCCCCACCCGCCUGCGGCCCUCCCGCAAGACGGCGGUGAGCAGCACCCCGAGGUGACAUCCCCAAACCAACCCACAUACACCCAGAGGCCCUGGGGGCACCCAGACCCCCCCCUAGGUACCAGCUAAGGUACCUAGGCUGGGGGGGGCAGAGCCAAGGCCACCCCAGGGAUGAGUUGAGGCAUCCACUGGAUUUUGGAAGGAGGCAGGCAGCACCAGGGACUCCUAGGGAGCAGCCAAGGCACCCAUUGGGUUGACAGGUUGCGGGGCAGAGUUGCAGAGUUGGAGCCCCCAGGGACCAGCUAUGGUUGGGGUGGCAGCCAGGGGCCUCCCCAGGGAUGAGCCAAGGCACUCAUUGAGUUUUGCUUUAAUUACAAAAGGUCCCAUCAGCAGUAGGAAACCCCCCACAUCCCCCAGCACCCAGGGGUCCCUCAUCCCCCCAACACCCAUCCCUGGGUUCCCCCACCUGAGCCUCACCCCUGGGUAGGGGGGUCCCAGACUUCCCUGUAACCCCUAUCUGAUCCCCCCUCCACAUGCCCCGCACCUGGGGGAGUUGGCACCAUGGGAUGGGUUGCACCUUCAUAGAGGUUGGCACCUUGGGGGGCAAGGGGAGUUGGCACAAUGGGGGAAGUUGGUUAUAAAUUCCUUUUUCUGUAUUUUCAUGUAUUUUUUAAAUAAAACACUCUGCUGGGCAAAGGGGCUGGGAGUGAUCAUGGGGGGACAACAGGGGCACCCUGUGCCAUCUCCCCAAGGUGCCAAUCCCUGCAAGGAUACAAAGUGCACUGAGGGGGGGGUUGUGGCUCCCUGCUCCUUCCUGAUGUUCUCCCCAUCCUUGUGCACCCCCAGUCCUGGUGUGUUCCACCCCCUGCC